AUGCCUGGAGUGCAGGCACUCAACAACUUGUUUUUCAGCAGUGGAUGCAGCGGGCGACAAUGGGAUGCUGAAGCAGCGGUGCUUUCUUCGCUUGUCCAUGAACGAGCACCUCCCGGACGCCAUGUCGAUUGCCUGGUUGACCAGCAGUGGUGGCGCGACCAUAUAGCGGCUGCAGAUGACGAUGCGGCAGCUACCGCAUUUGACUUGUUUGCCACGGAUCCUGCUGGAUGUCAAGUCAAUUUGUACGAGGUGUUAACGUGUGGUGCCAUGCUUUCUCCCCACUUGCGGCGAGAAGCAAAGGCAGCCAUACUGUGCUUGAUUUGGAGUGGUCGCGAAGAUGGCCGACUGGGGGUGUCUGCAGUCGUCGGAAUGCUUAGUUCAUUGUUGCAAGGCCUUCACCGACUGGGGGCAUUGGUGCCAUCGCCACCACCUUCAGAGGACAUCGAAAACGAUGUGUGCCGAUUAUUGUGGGUGCUGCGAAAGCACCAGCCAUGCCGGGGCGAUGCAAUUGCUUAUGAGGAGCUCCUUUUGCUUGCCGACUUAGAUGCAUGCUUCGUGAAGGCCUCAGUGCAAAAAAUUCCCGGGACCCCGUACAAGUGA